GCGGGCUGGCGAACGGAGUUGGGGCUGGGGCUUGCUGCUCUGGAUACGCGUAGGCGUCCGGCUUUGAAAUGCAGCGGGAUUUAGUGAGUUUCCCGCUGUCCCCAGCGGUGCGGGUGAAGCUGGUGUCUUCAGGUUUCCAGACUGCUGAGGAACUCCUAGAGAUGAAACCGUCCGAGCUCAGCAAAGAAGUUGGGAUAUCUAAAGAGGAAGCCUUAGAAACUCUGCAGAUUUUAAGAAGAGAAUGUCUUACAAUUAAACCAAGAUACACUGCUACAGCUGAGUCAGGCAAGAAGUGUACAGCACUGGAACUUCUUGAGCAGGAGCAUACCCAGAGCUUCAUAAUUACCUUCUGUUCAGCACUAGAUAAUAUUCUUGGGGGUGGAAUACCCUUAACCAAAACAACAGAAAUUUGUGGUGUACCAGGUGUUGGAAAAACACAAUUAUGUAUGCAGUUGGCAGUAGAUGUGCAGAUACCAGAAUGUUUUGGAGGAGUGGAAGGUGAAGCAGUUUUUAUUGAUACUGAAGGAAGUUUUAUGGUUGAUAGAGUGGUAGACCUUGCUACUGCCUGCAUUCAGCACCUUCACCUUACAGCAGAAACACAUAUGGGAGGGGAGCACCCAAAAGCUUUGGAGGAUUUCACUCUGGAAAAUAUUCUUUCCCAUAUUUACUAUUUUCGUUGUCGUGACUAUACAGAGCUGUUGGCACAAGUUUAUCUCCUUCCAGACUUCCUUUCAGAACACUCAAAGGUUCGAUUAGUGAUAGUGGAUGGUAUUGCUUUUCCUUUUCGUCAUGACCUAGAUGACCUAGCCCUUCGUACUCGAUUACUAAAUGGCCUAGCCCAGCAAAUGAUCAGCCUUGCAAAUAGCCACAGAUUAGCUGUACUUUUAACUAAUCAGAUGACAACGAAGAUUGAUAGAAAUCAGGCCUUGCUUGUUCCUGCAUUGGGGGAAAGUUGGGGACAUGCUGCUACAAUACGGCUAAUCUUUCAUUGGGACCAAAAGCAAAGGUUGGCAACAUUGUACAAAUCACCAAGCCAGAAGGAAGCUACAGUACUGUUUCAAAUCACACCUCAGGGAUUUAGAGAUGCUGUUGUUGCUACUGCAUCUUCUUUGCAAACAGAAGGUUCACUGAAUUUCCAGAAACGGUCGCGAGAAUCAGAAGAACAACAGGAAUCCAAAGACUCAUCUUAAAGUAUACAUAUGUGUUGAUGCUGUGAGAUGUAAUAUAUACAAGUAGUAGACUCUUUAUUUUAAAAUAUAAACACACACUAUGGCAUAUAUGAAUCAAGAGCAUAUGAAGUGAAUGUGAAAAACACUAAAUGAGUAUGAUUCUCUGCAUUUUUCUAAAGCAGUUCUACAAUUAUAUUUUGCCCUGUUUUCAUUUUUAGUAACAGCAGAGAUGAUACAGGUAUUGUAUUUUUGCAAGUGUGGAAAGGUGAUCUCAUGUAGCCAAUC